AUGCACACCUUCGGAGAGAAACCGACUGCCUUCCAGCUUGAGCCCAAUGGCGAUCACUACUACAUUGGCUCGGAGGUGGGCAACUAUCUUCGCAUGUUCAGAGGCUCGCUCUACAAGAAGUUUCCAUCCCUAUGGCGUCGACUGGUGACCGUGGAAGAGCGCAAAAAGAUCAAUCAACUGGGGCUUGGUACACACUCACUGGCCACCAACAUUACGCUGCUGAAGGCAUCAGAAGUGGAUGAGAUCUUUCAGGGCAAUGAUGACAAGUUUAAGGCUGUGUCAAUCACCACCGAACCGGUGACUACGCGAGAAUCAAAGCCGAAGAGGCCAAACUGGGCUCCCACAGUGCCCAAUACAUCGCACCACUUGGACGCCGUUCCCUGCUCCACACCCAUUGGCCGAAAUCGCAUCAGUAUGAAGCGCAUACGAACGUUCCCUCUGCUGUACGACGAUCUCGAUGCUUCUCUGGUUCAUGAGAAUGCAUUGCAGUCCGAGGUGUUGGUGCCAAUACGUCUGGACAUGGAAAUCGACGGGCACAAGUUGCGAGAUACAUUCACCUGGAAUAAGAAUGAGAAAACAAUCACUCCAGAGCAGUUUGCUGAAGUGCUUUGUGAUGAUCUUGAUUUACCCUCAUCCACCUUUGUUCCGGCCGUUUCUCAGUCUAUUCGACAGCAAAUCGACGCAUUUCCCAGUGAAAGUUUUAUGGACGAUGGUCCAGCUGACCAACGAGUUGUACUCAAGCUGAAUGUUCAUGUUGGCAAUAUUUCUCUUGUUGACCAAUUUGAGUGGGACAUGUCUGAAAAGCAGAAUGACCCAGAAGAGUUUGCUCUUAAACUUUGCGCCGAACUCGGUCUUGGUGGCGAAUUUGUCACCGCAAUUGCGUACAGUAUUCGAGGACAGUUGUCGUGGUAUCAACGUACCUAUGCUUUUAGUGAAAAUCCUCUGCCAACUGUAGAUCUUCCCUUUCGAAAUCCUUCUGACGCUGAUCAGUGGUGUCCAUUCCUCGAAACGCUGACAGACGCUGAGAUGGAAAAGAAGAUUCGCGAUCAAGAUCGCAACACUCGUCGCAUGCGACGUCUUGCCAAUACUUCAUGUGAAAAUCCUCUGCCAACUGUAGAUCUUCCCUUUCGAAAUCCUUCUGACGCUGAUCAGUGGUGUCCAUUCCUCGAAACGCUGACAGACGCUGAGAUGGAAAAGAAGAUUCGCGAUCAAGAUCGCAACACUCGUCGCAUGCGACGUCUUGCCAAUACUUCAUGGUAG